AGACCGAGACCGGCACCGCUCGCAGUCAACAGUGUACGCUCCAGCCGCGAGGAACAGCUUCGCUUUCGGUUCGAUUAAAGCAGCCACCUCCCCACCCCUGCCCUUCACCUUCGUUCGUGUUCGCGUGUGCUUUUCUGUGUGCAAGUGCAAGUGACCCUUACCCACGGCGUUCUCCUCCCGACCCUCACCCUCACCGAUCAACGCUACGGGACGGUAGACGCUAUCAAUCAACAGGCCGGAACAGCACCGCACGUUGCCCAGCUUUCCUUAGCGAAGACACCAACCAGCCCAGCAGCUUAGCUCGAUUGAUUGCCGCAAGAUGUCGCACUCGGUCGUAAUAACGCGUACAACAACCACCACGACGAGCACGUCCCAUCUCGUGCUCAACACGGGCUACCUCCGCACAACGCCCGGCCUGCUGAAGCUCGCCCAGCUGAUCAUCGGCGCCGUCAAUGUCGGGCUGGUGGCGUACUACAUCCGGCGCUAUCCGACCUCCGGUCUGCCGGCCAGCGCCGAGUUCUUCUUCCUGCUGAUGGCGGUCGCCUUCCUGGUCGGGACGUUCUGUCUGCUCGCCUCCUGUCUCGUGUCGCUCAGCACCGGCGGCAUCAUCUCGAAGACGAUCUACGAGCUGGUGUACCAUACGAUCGCGUUCCUGCUCUACCUGAUCGCCUCGAUCAUGCUGCUGGUGGACGUCACCAACGGGCGCUACUACCACACGAUCAAGGAUGCGUACAUGGCGGCGGCGAUCCUUGGAUUGAUCGUGUCCGCUCUCUACCUCUUCAGCGCUCUGCUCGCUCAGCGCUCCUACCGCGGCAUCUAAACCGUGCGGGACCGAGCUCCGUCUGCCGUCUUCCAGCCUGUGACCUCCGCUCCGGUCCACCGGCUGCCGCUGUGUUUGUGUUCCGCUCGCUCAGAGCGACCAAAAAAACAAGUGCGCAUGUGUUCGCUACGGUAGACACUUCCUUGUUCCGUGUUCCCUCAAUGUGUGUGUGUAUACAUGUGUGUGUGUGUGUAUUUAUCUAUGUGUGUGCCUUUCCCUUCGACUCAAUCGUGUCGUUGGUCGCAUUUCAAGCCAAGUUUUUUUCUCUCCCCGUCUCCUUGUUUGUUGACUUCGCGCUAUAAUCUCACCGAAAUGCUGCCCGAAGGGUUUGCUGGCUAGAUCGCUGUUUCAAUGUCCAAUAUGUGUGUGUGUCUGUUUACUACCACUGGCAAGCAAGUUUACUUAUAUGGGUAUGAGAAAAAGCAAACAGCCACGGAACAAAAAACGGAACAAAAAUCCCCAAACAAUCCGGAAAAGAAAAGAGAAGGGAAGAAUUGUUAGAAAAAAGUCAUAUACUCGUUUUUUUACAGUAACAUCAGUAUAAUAUACUCUUUUUCGAAACAGUUUUUAUACCAUCAGUGGUUACGAUAAAGACGUGCAUUUCCUACACAGUUUAACACCACAACAAGUUGUUCUUUUUUACAACAAAAUAAAAAGUAAAAUAAAUAAGCUAUUUACAAUCACAAUCCAGUCCAUAAACACAGCAAGCGAUAGGGAAACGUUUCUGCUCAUACCCAAAAGAGCACAGUAGGCACUAAAGUAGGCGCUUCUACCUAAGUUGAAAUUGCUUACUCAGUUAUCCAGUCCAAUGGGUUUUUUUUUUGAAAUUCUUAUAAUACUACUUUAUUAAACGUUGCAAAAAGAGCAAUUCACAUCUAUUCAACAUACCUUGUUGUUCUUCUGCAAUUGUUCUCAUCGGUACUCGUAUCUUAUAAUCUUGUAAGCAAACUUACUGUUCUUAAUUGUUUUGUUGUUUUUUUUGUGUACUCCUAUCUAUGUUAGAUAAGUUUUUUUGUUUAUGCGUUUAGUGCGCAAUUACGAAGAUAAUAAAAUAAAACAUAAUUUGUUGGUUUUUUUUUCUUCUACUUUUA